GGUCUACUUCCACUCUUCGCUCUUCUGCAUUGUCUGUGAUGCGAGCCAGCUGAGACUAGACUGCCAGUGAUUAUUUUGUGCCAUGUUUUUUUUAAAUUAUUAGUGAAAAUUAAUUUAUUUAUCUAUAUUCAAACAAUAUCAUUAUGUCAUUUAAAUAUUCAGUAAUUGUUUUAGUCGUUUCCAUUCUAUAUGUUUGCUCGAAAGAAACCAGUGAUGUUCUUGUGUAUACCGUCGCGACCGAACAAACCAACGGCUUCGAUAGAUAUUUAGACUCGGCCAGCGAAUUCAACAUCCAACCAAAAGUCCUUGGUUACGGGCUAGAAUGGAAAGGCGGUCAAGUAAAGAGCCAUCCAGGAGGUGGAUGGAAACUAAAACUCCUCAAAAAAGCCCUAGAACCUCUAGCAGAAGAAAGCAAUAAACUGGUGCUAUUCACCGACGCUUACGACGUCAUAUUUUUAGGAAAACUUGACGAGAUAGUCAGAAGAUUCCAAAAGACCGGUGCUCGAAUUUUAUUCGGCGCCGAGCCGUAUUGUUGGCCCGAUGCCACUUUGGAGAAUAAAUAUCCAGAAGUUGCGGAAGGAAAACGAUUUUUAAAUUCCGGAAUGUUCAUCGGUUACAUCCCGGACGUUUGGAAACUUUUAACUAGGAAGGAAUUCGACGAUACCGACGACGAUCAGCUGUUCUGUACUGAAGCGUAUCUGGACGAGAAGUUUAGAGAAGAGGUGCAAAUGAAACUCGAUCACAAAAAUGAGAUUUUCCAGAAUUUGAACGGUGUUGCAACUGAGAUCGAGAUUUCAUCGAUAGAAGACAAAGAAGGGGAGGGAGAAAGGUAUUUCAUUAAAAAUAUAGCCAGUCGUACUGAACCCCUAGUUAUACAUGGCAACGGUGCUUCGAAAUACACUUUGAAUUAUCUCAGCAAUUACGUUCCUAAUGUUUGGAACUCCAUAGAAGGAUGUCGUCAAUGUAAGAAAGGCCAUAUAGAAUUAGAAACGGUGCCUCCUAAAGACGUGCCUGUCGUUUUGCUGUCUCUGUUUAUCGAACAGAACACUCCGUUUGUGGAAGAGUGGUUAGAGAAGAUCCAUAUGCUCGAGUAUCCCAAAGACAAGAUCCAUUUAUUCAUCCAUAAUACUAUGAAGUUCCACGUCGACCACGUUAAUAACUUUACUGAAAAGUACGCCAAAAAUUACGUAAGCGUAAAAGAAAUUGUACCUGAGGACGCUACACCCGAAUGGACUGCUCGAGAUUUGUCACUAGAUCACUGUCUCGCUAAAAAGUGCGACAUAUAUUUCGCCGUGGAUUCCGUUGCCCAUAUCGACAAUCCCUACACGUUAAAAUUAUUGAUCGAACAAAACAGGACCGUCGUCGCCCCGUUGUUGACCAGGCCGGGUAAAGCUUGGAGUAACUUUUGGGGCGCCCUUACUAAAGAUGGCUUCUAUUCUAGAUCUAAUGACUACAUGGACAUCGUGCAUAGUGUUAAAAGAGGAUUGUGGAACGUCCCCUUCAUUGCCAGCGCGUACAUCAUAAAUUCAACGCUAUUGAAAUCACGUGACCGCACGCUCAUAAAUUUCACCAGGCCCAGGCUUGACGCCGAUAUGGCGUUCUGCUCGAACUUAAGAAAUCUGGACGUUUUUAUGUACGUGUCCAACAGAGUUGAUUUCGGUCAUCUCAUCAAUCCCGAUAAUUUGGAUAUUACUCGAACGGAACCAGAAAUGUACCAAAUUUUCGACAACCCACAGGAUUGGGAGGAACGGUAUAUUCAUGCUGAGUAUACGGAGAAUUUUAAUCCCGAUAAAAAGGAGCUUCAAAACGACUCUAACUUUUUUCAGCCUUGCCCAGACGUAUAUUGGUUCCCGAUAGUGUCCCCGCGUUUCUGCAACUCCCUCAUCAACAUGAUGGAAGCCUUCGGUCAAUGGUCUUCGGGAACCAAUACCGAUGAACGUUUAGCAGGUGGUUAUGAAGCUGUCCCGACCAGAGACAUCCACAUGAACCAAGUUGGUUGGGAACCGCACUGGUUGGAAUUCUUACAGAAAUACGUCAGACCUUUGCAGGAAAAGGUGUUCACUGGGUAUUACCACGACCCGCCUAAAUCGUUGAUGAACUUUGUUGUCAGAUACAGACCGGACGAGCAACCCUCCCUGAGACCUCACCAUGACAGUUCAACAUACACGAUUAACAUUGCUCUGAAUCGCCGCAACAUCGAUUACGAAGGAGGCGGCUGCAGAUUCAUCCGAUACAAUUGCAGCGUGGUCGAUACGAAGCAGGGGUGGCUUCUGAUCCAUCCGGGUAGAUUAACGCAUUUCCACGAAGGCCUUAAAGUUACGAGCGGUACCAGAUACAUUAUGAUCUCGUUCGUUGAUCCGUAGAAUUAAUGCCUCGUUUUAUUUAUACUGAAGUUUGUGCAAUAACAAAUUAAGUACAUAUUAUUAUGCUUUCUAAAUAGCCUACAGACUGUACAAAAUCGAGAGCGACAUUGAGAUAUUCGGUGGUUCUUAGUCAGUUGUUCCAAAGUUCCUAAUGUGUCCUAAUUCGAAAUGAGUAUACUCAUCAUAUUUUUUUUAAUUGUAUACAUGCACAAAAUCAUGCAUUUAUGGAACGGUGCUUUCCCAUUUAGAUGAUACUUAGUUGACAUUUGACAGAUGACAAAUUCAUUGACGUCUUUCAAAAAUCUGUUGCUAUUUAUGUGACAAAGAAUUGACAGAUGACAUACAUACAUACAGUAGAUCACACAUCACAUAGGGUGUUUCAUAAUAAUCCUGCUUUUCAGAUUUGAUGGAAAUCAAGUAAUUAAAACACUUUAAUAAUAAAGAAAUUGCGAGAGUUAAUGGAUUCGUUUGUUUAAAAUAAAAAAACUUAAAUAGUUUUAAUAACUUACUGUCAAAUGUCAAUUGAAUAAACAAUGCUACAACAAAAGUAGUCUUAUUAUAUUGAGCAUUAAUACCAUUAUAGUGGUGUCCAAGAUGGUUCCAUAUUGAAAUUAUAUGGAUACAUUCAAGCAAUAUGUUGGUGCACAAGAAUAGUGACAUAUCUCAAAAAUGUCCGAUUUCGUGCUUAUUUUGAAAAUGUUUAGCAAAAUCCCCACUUAUGUUUACUAUUUUCAAAAAUGACCGCUGGUAAGUGGUUGCGUAUUUCUUCCCUUACUACAAAAUCGCCAGUUUAUGAUGAUGAAGAAUGACACAAAUCUAGUUGAGCUUCGACAGUCAGUGAGACAAUAUCGCCAAUUUUCGGCUAGAGGGACAUAAAUCAAAAUAUGCCAGUGUUAUUAAAAAUAAAUUAAAAACAUUUUCAACAGUGGCACAAGUCAAAUUAGGACAUUAUUGAUUAAAAGUUAUUAUCAAUUGGUGUGAAAUAUACAAGAAACUUUCAAAUCAAUGUCCUCGAAAAUCAACGUUUUUGUGAUGUGUCACUAUUUUUGUGUAUCAACGAAUAUCUAAUAAAAUUUAUUUAUCAUUGUAUGAUAAAUAAGUAGGAAUAAUUCUGGCAAUUAACCCUUCUUCUUUGUUGACAAGUGUCUCAUAAAAACAAUUGAUUUAAUAUGACCCCAGAUAAAAAAUCAACUCAAACCAUUAUCUGGAAAUCAUACGAUUUUAAAAAUGUAUUUUAUUAACAAUUUGACAUUUUCAGAAAAAGUAUUGAUCGAACGAGUUUUUAUUUCAAUAUCGAUUCUAACACCUCGUAACCCAUAAAUAAAUUUUACAGUAGAGCCAAAAAACUCUCCUGACACAUGUAUCGUGCGUGUUAGAACUUGUUAGA